AUGAACAUCAAGGUCGAUGAAGAGCACUCUCGCCAUGUCAAGCGCGCGCAGCUCAAACAAUUGAAUGAUGAUCGAGCUGGCGAAAGUGAGGUUCAACUUGCAUCGAUUGGGGUGCUGUUAUUGACAAGAAAACGAACUGUAGAGCUUGCGAAAGCUCUGGACUCGUCUCUAAAGCGCCACACGGCACUUAUCAAGAGGAUUAAACAGUCUAUGGGCGUGGACAAUCAUGAUCAAAUUCUGAAGGAUAUCGACACCCUUUCUCUGGAGAAGUACAUUGAUGAGAUUGCGGGUGCUGUGACAGAAGGCAUUGUCAGAUGCAAGCUCGAAAAGGAUGUGUGGAGCGCUGCGGAGGUCAUAUCUGCUCUGCACAGACGUUUCCCGAAGGCAUUUACGCCCGUGCUGGUCUCGUCUCUCGCAGCCGCCUUGGCGCCUCCCCCGCGCGCGGCGCUUGCCGCGAUGGCGCCUGAACAGAGGGAGAAGGAGGAUACGACGAGAGUGUCAAGACAGCGGCCCGUCUUGCGGGUGUGCUCAGAACUCUCCCUUGUUGGGAUAAUCAGGGAUGGCCCCGGCAGGAGUGGUGGAGAGUGGACCAUGAAGGCACUAAAAGAUCUGCUCUCGAACGACCCCUCCCUGUCGUCUUUGCCCCUUCUAACAACCUUUCUCAAAUCCUUCUCUAGACCAUUUCUUGGUCUUACCCCGCCGUCGUCUAAGCAAAUCUCUGCUAAUGCCGAACCAGGGACGCUAUCCUCUGAAACGACCUCUCAUGAGAAUAAUUCGAUCUCCCUGACAGUGAAAGAAGAGGAGGAGCUUGUAGAGAAAGACAUCAGGGAACGGUUCAAAAAGAUGUGCGAGGGGUACUUUGAUAAUGUCUCGAAGAAGCUCGUCAUUGAGCACAAACGUUUGCAAGAACAAGAUCGCCGAAAUCACGAAGCAUACAUUCGCUCAGGAGAGAUCUUUGAGGACAGGCAGCAAGCGUACGAGAAGAUGACGAAGAACUACGAUAAAUUGCUUGCCAGCUGCCAGACCCUUUCUGAGUUGCUUUAUUUGCCUCUCCCAUCUCUCCCAACUUCCUCCCACGCAAGCAGUUCCAUUCAGAUAGGAAACAACACCGGAUCAAUACUGAAUGAUGAUGCGGAAGAGCUUGCUUUGGCAGCAUCCGGUGGUAAAUGGGAGGAUGAAGAAGAGCGCCGCUUUUUCGAGGACAUCCAGGAUUUGCGAGAGGUAGUCCCUAAAAGUAUCCUAGGCGUCGAGGAUGGGAAAGAUGAGAAGGAGGAGAAGGGAGAAGAGGAAGUCGAGAGGGCGCGCAAAGCCGAGGAAGAGGAGGUGCGCAAGUUAGAGGAGGAGCUGGCUGGGCUGAAGGAUAAGGAGCACGAGGGUCCAUCUCAGCUGCUCACAGCCCUAUUGGCUCGUCUUCCCGAUUGUACCAAUCGCUCGUUAAUCGAUCAAGCAGCACUCGAGUUUGCGUUCUUGAACUCCAAGGCAGCGAGGAAGAGGCUUGUCAAAUUUUUGUCGCAAGUGCCGAAAAAUCGGACAGACGUGCUGCCACACUACUCCCGACUUGUCGCGACUUUGGACAAAUACAUGCCAGACAUCGGCGCGGACUUGAUAGCUGCCUUGGACGAGGAAUUCCGAUAUCUCCAAAGGAAGAAGAACGUCGUUAAGGAACUCGCUGAAGUCCGAUUGAAGAAUAUUACAUUCCUGUCCAAUUUGACAAAGUUCAGAGUCGUACCCCCGCACCUUAUCUUGCACAUGUUCAAAGUCUGUUUGGAUGACUUUUCUGGGACGAACGUGGACAAUAUUGCGUUACUUCUGGAGGGAUGUGGGCGCUUUUUGCUGCGAGAUGACGAAACAAAGCAGCGAUUUGGCACGAUGUUGGAGCUCAUGAAGCGAAAGCAAAGCUUGCAACAUUUCGAUCAAAGACAGCAGCUCGUACUCGAGAACGCAUAUUAUCAGGCUAAUCCACCAGAACGAGCCCCGCGUCAGGAGAAAGAGCGCACACCAAUGGACCUCUUUACCCGACAUCUCAUCUAUGAUGUUCUCGCCAAGAAGACCAUCGAUAAGGUUCUGAAACUCAUCCGCAAACUUGACUGGGACGAUCCUGCAAUUUGGCGCACCUUGCACAAAGUCUUCACCAAACCGCACAAGCUUCGCUAUAGUAAUAUAUCUCUUCUGGCGAUGCUCACAUAUGACUUGCAACGCUACCAUCCUGAUUUUGCGAUAGCGGUCAUUGACCAAGUGCUCGAGGACGUGCGCCGUGGGCUAGAGCAGAACGUGUACAGCACCAACCAACGCAGGGUGGCGACUUUGAAAUAUCUGGGGGAGCUCUAUAUUUACAGACUAAUUGGCUCUAGCUUGGUGUUCGACACGUUGUGGUCGCUGGUCACCUUUGGGCAUCCCGAGGGACAUCCGCUGCCCCGGUAUCCGUGCCCGAUUGAUAUGCCAGACGACUUCUUCCGGGUUCGCCUCGUCUGCGUUUUGCUGGAUACGUGCGGCAUGUGCUUUGAUCGUGGAUCGCAGAAGAAGAAGCUCGACAAUUUCCUCACGUUCUUCCAGUACUAUGUUCUGUGCAAAGAAUCGCUACCCAUGGAUGUAGAGUUUAUGCUAACGGAUUCAUUGGAGGCUAUCAGACCGAAGUUGGCCUUGUUCAAGACCUUGGAAGAGGCCGCUGUCGCUGUGGAAGAGAUGUUUGCUCUUGCAUUCCAAACUGCUGGUCUUACUGCCGGUGAAGACAGCGGCGAAGACAGUGGAGAUGAGGGUGAAAGAAUUGGCAAAGAAGACGACGAGGAUGGCGAGGAGGGCGAAGCAACAGAGUCUUCUGUUGAAGACCGUGGCCCUUCACCUGAGCCUGUCGUAGUCAAGCCUGCGCAAGAGAACUUAGGUCCUUCGGAGGAGGCUGAAGCCGAGUUUGCUAAAGAGCUUGCAAAGAUGGUGACGGAUUCUUCGGCAGAGUCACGCAAGGUCGAUCGUCGCACGGCGCAGACGUUAUGGGAAUCUGCGGUCUUGCAACCUGGUACCCGGAAGAAGCGCGCAGAGGACGAAGACGAGGAGAAUGGUGACGUAGAAGUCACAGGGCCUGGCAUGAUGAAUUUCACUAUGAUCACCAAGCGAGGCAACAAGCAGCAGGCCCGCGUCCUUGCUAUCCCCGCAGAGUCUGCGCUUGCGGUGCAGACACGGACGGCCCAAAUGCAGGACAAGGUAGAGCAGCAGCACCUCAAGCGCUUGGUGCUGAACUACGAACAGCGAGAAGAAGCCGAGGAGCUGAAAGCCCUCGAGAGCAAGAACCGUGCUGUCAAAAUUCGUCUUGUCGGAUAACAUGUCAGCGCUUGUCCCUUCCGCCGCUACCGAACCUUCCUUUCCUAGCACCAUCUUCUCUGCAUCGGUGCCCCGGGUCGGUCCGCCUGACCUGUCCGCGGGUGACUAUUUUCGGCCAUCAAGUUUGCGCCAACGAUACCAGAAGCACACUCCUGACGAGUUGUAAGGUGAGAGGGAGCGUGCGUUCUCGUGGCGUGCGCAUGCUGCAUGGUCAUGGCGAACAAUCCGUAAGCCUUUCUUCCUACUCGUAUAUCCACAGCCGACUCGGAACAGGAUCGGGGAAGCGGCCUUUGCGUGCUGGUCCGAGGUCUGAUGUCGGCUGGCAGGUCUGUGCGGCGUAUCCCUGUGCUGUGGCGCUUUGUGGCGAGCUGUUUUGUUGUUCCGGUCUUAGAGCGCUUUCGGCUUUGUUCGUGUCUUCUUGUGUAUCGUAUUCUGUAACCCGUAUGUGGUGACCCAAGCACUAUCAGCGAUG